AUGAUUUCGCCGGUGAAAAACCAGCCGGCGGCCGCACCGCCAACUUCUGAUAACUCAAGACUGAAUCUCCCAGUGGUUUCAAGCAAUUUUUCAUCGCACUCGCAUGCGCCUAUUGAUAGUAGGACGUUGGAUAUUACUAACUCGACUAGGGUUUCGGAUACAACUACAAAGAUGCCCCAGAUGGAUGUUGAAACCUCGGCAGCCCGUGCAAAUCUAUCGCCGAAGAGUAGAUCUGAAGGAGAUGGUGAACAUCAAAUUAUGAAGGACCAGGCUGUCCCACAGAAGAUAUCUUAUGCGAACAUCAUUAAACCUACGUCUACAAGAAAACCUGAUGUGCUUGUUCAUCGUUAUGCCAUUAUUCAGCCGGUCGUUAGCAACGAAGUGAUUUCCAUCAAGAUUCUAGAGUCAAUGUAUCAAGAUCGCAUAAAACAAUUCCAACAUGCGCUGAUUGGGAGAGUGCUCCUCCGCAAAGGAGAAAAACCUAGGUUGGUUUCGGAUUUGAAGAAAGAACUACAAAUGUUAUGGCAGCCAAAGUCGGAUUGGAAACUUAUACCAAUGAGUAAAGGAUUCUACACUAUUAAAUUCACUACAGCUGAAGAUAAACUUAAUGCUAAACGUAAGAGCUCUUGGAAUCUGGCCUCGGGCACGCUCAGGCUACGAGAUUGGGUGAGAAACUUUGACCCGUAUAAAGAAAUUUCUUCGAUUUGUCAAGUCUGGAUGCGUAUCUACUAUUUACCCGUUGAAUAUUGGACUAAAGAGAUCAUAUCAAGUAUUGGCAACUCGGUGGGAGUACCUAUCAAAGUGGAUGGAGUUACAGCUGAUGGGGAUGUUGGACACUUCGCUAGGGUUCUAGUAGAGGUGGAUCUGGCUCUUCCCUUACCUGAUUCGGUACAUGUUGAUUGUCCGGAUCAAUCAUUUUAUGUUGAGAUUGGAUAUGAACAAUUGCCACACUAUUGCACCAAAUGCAAAAUCACGGGUCAUACUUUGGAUAAUUGUUUUAAACGUAGCGAGGGGAAAGUGAUUGAGCAGCUGGAGAAUUCUAAGGAGGGGGACGUGGUUGAUGCUGUCACAGAAAAAAGAAAUUCUAAGGGCGAUGAGGGCUUCCAGUUUAGGAAGCCGAGGUCGACCUGGCAAUCCAAACCCGCUAAAGAAAAAGAGGUUGCUUCGGAAAACAGGUUUAAUGUGUUGGAUACUCAGAACCCUUCCGGGCCAAAUCUCUUGGAAGCUAUCACUAAACCUGUUAGUGAGAAAGAUAUACAGCAAAUAGAGCAGGAAAACACUCCAACUGAGUUGGUUUCAGAAGAGGAAGAUGUUGAGCUUAUAGAGAUGGAGCAGGAUUCUAAUGUCUCUUGCUUGAUGGACGAACAUCAGAAUAAUCUGAUGGAUGAUGCCACAGGAAGGGAGAUGGAGUCUCAGCUUGAAACGCAAAGGGUUGAAGCUGCUGCUGCUACUGAGAAAGUACAGACCGAUUUAAUCUUGAGUGAGACCAAUGCGCAGAAUUUGUUGGAGACUGAAAUUAAAGUGCAGGAGACUGAAAUUAAAGUGCACCGAGUUGUGAACUUGGUGCAAAAUAAGAGUGCAGAGGGGAUCAGCAAGGAUAAGGAGACUUUGCAAACUGCGAAAAAGAGAGGCAGACCACCGGGACAAACUAGAGUCGAACGUAAACUGGACCACAGAUAA